AAAAAUGAUGGCUCAAAGAAGAUCUCAGGUGACCAGCUUAAGGAUCUUUACAAGUCAUUUGUGGCUGAGUACCCUAUUGUUUCCAUUGAAGAUCCAUUCGACCAAGAUGACUGGGAACACUAUGCUAAAAUGACUGCGGAGAUAGGGGAGAAAGUGCAGAUUGUAGGAGAUGAUCUCCUUGUCACCAACCCUAAGAGGGUUGCCAAGGCAAUUGAAGGCAAAUCAUGCAAUGCCCUUCUUCUUAAGGUUAACCAAAUUGGAACUGUGACUGAGAGUAUUGAAGCUGUAAAAAUGUCUAAGAGAGCGGGUUGGGGUGCCAUGACAAGUCACCGCAGUGGAGAGACAGAGGAUACGUUUAUUGCUAAUCUUGCUGUGGGUUUGUCAACGGGUCAAAUUAAGACCGGAGCUCCCUGCCGGUCAGAGCGUCUGGCUAAGUAUAACCAGCUGUUGAGAAUUGAGGAGGAGCUCGGUUCAGCAGCUGUUUAUGCAGGAGCCAGCUUCCGCACACCAUGGUCUGCUGCUUGAGAUGUAAUGUUG